GCCAUGGGGAAAGAUAAGAAAGAAGAGGCCGUCUUCCUGAGGAAGAAGAUCACUUUGCUGCGGGCGUUCUCGCUGCUCAUCGGCAGCAUGGUUGGCAGUGGCAUCUUCAUCUCCCCCAAGGGAGUCCUGAAAAACUCCGGCAGUGUGGGCUUCUCCCUGCUUGUCUGGUUUUCCUGUGGGCUCCUCUCCAUGUUUGGUGCCUUGUGUUAUGCAGAGCUUGGAACAAGAAUCACCAAGUCUGGAGGGCAUUAUAUCUACAUUUUGGAGACACUAGGGCCUCUGCCAAGCUUCUUAUUCCUGUGGGCAGAGUUUUUUGCUAUCAGGCCUGCCAACAGUGCUGUGGUUUCCCUGGCAUUUGGGCGCUACAUGCUGGAGCCGUUCUUCGCCCCCUGUGCUGCCCCUGUCCCUGCAGUGAAGCUCGUGUCUCUCCUGGGCUACUAUACGGUCCUGACCCUCAAUUCCUGGAGCGUCACCUGGAGCGCGCGGCUGCAGAUGGCUCUCUCCGUCGUCAAACUCCUGGCCCUUGCGCUCAUCAUCGUGCCAGGGAUGAUGCUGCUGGCCCAGGGCCACACGGAGAACUUCCAGCACGCUUUUGACAGGCAGUCGCUGGUUCUGGAUAAGCUCCCCCUGGCUUUCUAUGCAGGCAUGUUCGCGUACUCCGGCUGGUUUCAGACCGGCUUUGUGCGCGAAGAGUUGGUCAAACCUGAACGAAAUAUCCCCCUGGCUGUCAUCGUGUCUGUGAUCACGGUAAUUGUGGGAUACAUGCUCACCAACGUCUCCUAUUACACAGUCCUGGGAACAGAAGAUGUUCUGGCUUCUCCUGCUGUGGCUGUGAGCUUUGUGCAGCGAGCCUUCAAAAGCCUGAUCUCCGUGGUCCCUGUCCUUGUCGCACUGUCCUGCUUUGGAACUAUGAAUGGAGGAAUCUUCACCUUUUCAAGGACUCUGUUUGUGGCUUCCAGGGAAGGGCAGUGGCCUCCUCUCUUCUCCAUGAUCCACAUUCGAAGGCAUACCCCCCUUCCUGCUGUCAUGUUGAUGUUCCCUUUGGUCACUGCCAUGGUGUGCAUUGGAGACAUCUACCACCUACUGAACUUCUUCAGCUUUUCCCGAUGGCUCUUCAUAGGAUUGGCCACCCUGGGGCUCAUCGUCCAUCGCUGCCGUCACCCGGAGCUGCACAGCCCCUUCCAGGUUCCCCUGUUUGUCCCUGUCUCUUUUACCAUCAUCUGCCUCUUCACAGUGGCACUGUCUUUCUACUCAGACCCUGUGAACAUCAGCAUUGGAUGCACCAUAGUUUUGAGUGGUUUUCCAGUCUACUACCUCAUCAUUCACAGGCAGAUGUCAGACCGCUGCCGUAACCUGUUUUAUUAUCUUACACACAAACUACAGUUACUGCUGGAAGUUGUCCAACAAGAAAUCAAGACUUACUGAGAAAACCAUCAAAACUCACAGAAGACAAUAAAAAUCUACUCACGCCAUUUUUGACACCUUUGAUCCUACCUAAAGCAGUCCAUGCUUUUAUUCUUUUUAGUCAGUGCAACUGAGGAUGACUGAGCCAAAACCUUGCUGCAAGUGUUCCUAAGCUUGCCAACUGGGAUCUCUUCCUGCCCUUUUAUUUUUUUUUCAGAAAAGCAAACUAGUUCUCUGAAAUGAGCUUGCUUUGCCUGCAGAGUGUCUUUGAAACCAAGAUCCUAAUUUUGCAGCCUGGCCCAGUCCUGAGAAAAAUUGUGUGUGUAU